GCUGGGAUCAGAAAUACAGACAACGUAAGAGUGGCUGACAUCACAGAUCGGGAACUCCAUCGUCAAGCAAGGACAAUCCUUGUUGAAAUGGGACUUUUUCCAAGUGAGUUAUCCUUGAGAACUUGUGUACUGUGUCUGGUAUAUUAUGAUUUACUGGAAUAUUUUCAGUAA